UGGUCUCAGGACCCCGGCGCCUCCAUUGGUCGCAGAUUGUCACGUGAGUUCUGCUUCGACUUCCGGCAACAACUGGAGCUUGAAUGGUGACGUGAUCCGAGCUAAACAGGUGACUGGAGGUGCAGAGCCCAGAUGAGAAGUACUUGUAAAAAAGGGUCAAGCGAAUAAAGUGUUCCUAUUGUUACUUAGGUAUUGAUCUGAAGAACUCAAUACUUGGACCUGAAAGAAGCAUCUAUAUAGAAGUUCUGAUGUCCCUCUGACUUCACUAGCUGCAUGCGGUUCCAGAGUCAGUGACCGACACAGUAUUGAGGGAGAGGGGGGACAGCCAGGCAAGUAGCAUUUAACAUUAAUUGGAUACCACCAAACUGGGUGAAUGGCAGGCACCAAUGACCUUACAUUUCAAGAGUUUGAUGAUGCAGCCAAUUUAUUAGCUGCCAACCCUGAUGCCACUACUAUAAAUAUCGGAGAUCCUGAAGACAGCAGUGGGAAGAAGAAAGGAUUGCAAUCCAGAGAAGAGGAGGAUGACUUGCUGGGAAAUGAAGAUUCUGAUAAAACAGAGCUGCUUGCUGGAGAGAAGAAAGCUGCCCCCUUCUGGACGUUUGAGUAUUACCAGACUUUCUUUGAUGUUGAUACUUACCAGGUUCUGGAUAGGAUAAAAGGUUCUGUCUUACCAAUACCAGGAAGAAAUUUUGUAAGAUUAUAUGUCAGAAGCAAUCCAGAUCUUUAUGGUCCUAUCUGGAUAUGCGCCACCCUGAUUUUCACCAUCACCAUAAGUGGGAAUCUUUCCAACUUCCUGCUGCACAAGGGAGAGCCACAAUACCAUUAUGUGCCUGAAUUUAGAAAAGUUUCCAUUGCUGCCACUGCCAUUUAUGCAUAUGCCUGGUUGGUGCCUUUGGCUCUCUGGGGCUUCCUAUCGUGGAGACACAGCAAAGUAAUGAGUAUGGUGUCCUACUCUUUCUUGGAAAUAGUGUGUGUUUAUGGAUACUCGCUCUUCAUUUACAUCCCCACUUCUGUCCUGUGGAUCAUUCACUCAGAAAUCCUACGCUGGGUCCUCAUGUCUUUAGCCAUGUCUUUGUCUGGAGCUGUGCUCAUGCUCACAUUUUGGCCCGCUGUACGGGAAGAUAACAGAAAAGUUGCCAUCUCCACUCUAGUGGCGAUAAUGGUGCUUCAUGUUCUGCUGGCAGUUGGUUGUGGGGAAUAUUUCUUUGAUCAACCACAAGUUGAUCUCACUCCACGCCUUGUCACGUCUAUAGUCAGCACAACAACAUCGGGGCAAGUGCAGAGUCAUUGAUAAGAGUUGUCCCGGACCUAUUUUGUUUAUGGAGAGCAGGGCUGGACGCUUCUGCUGGAUUGGUGAAUAGGACACUGGAUGUCAGCUGUGCCUCAUAAACCGCUUUGUCACAAUUUUUCUCCUCCUUCUUUUAUUUUUUUAUGGUCUAAAAUAUUUAUUGGGUGGCUCUAUUUUUGUUGUGUAAUAUUUUGGGUGAAAACUGGGAAUUGCUCAGAAGCAGCAGAAGGGAAAACACUAAUAUAUUGCUAGAUUAUUUAUGCUAAUAGACUAUAAAAGGAGUAAUCUCUUCUUAUUUACAAAAACACUAUGCCUAAAUGACCCACUAAGGGCAUCCUCAACCACAUUACAGUAUGUAAAGGUUAAUGAAAAAG